AUGUCAAGACUUCAGGAUGGCAGUUCUGUGGCUGAUCAGUUGACAAGACUCCGACUCAAACUGCUCGAGAAGAGACUGGAAAGCAAAAAGAACAACAUGGAUGACAGAGUAGAGUCUGCACAGUCUGCAAGGAGUUACGAUGGGCAAAUGGAUGCACUCCACCGUGCACUGAGAAGAAAGCAGGAUCUUCUGCAAAGACUGAGAGAACAGUAUAUGUUAGAGGACCUCAACAGACUUCACACCCGGGGAGGGUCACUAACACAACAGUACCAGUCGCGCUUCAUAACUCCCCCUCAGCUGCCCCCACCGCCUGCACCCAUGGCACCCACCCACAUCUACCGGCCAGCCAACAGUCCAUCCUUCCUGUCCCCUUCACUACCUGCCAUGCCUCAGCCUCCACACAUCAUCCAACAGACUCUAACCCAGCACCCUGCCACCAUCAUACAACAGCUGCCACAGCACCAGCCUCGAAUAACUCCGUUUCCUCCACGGCAGCCCUAUCCUGAACCACGGUCAGGCAGCAUCAAAGAGGACAUGGUGGAACUGAUGCUGAUGCAAAAUGCUCAGAUGCACCAGAUCAUAAUGCACAACAUGAUGCUGAGAGCCAUGCCUCCAAUGGCCCUGUCACCACCCGGAGGGUCCCAUCACUGUGCCCCUCACUCGACAUAUCUUGAGCAGGCUUACAGUAAAUUCAUGGAUGUUAUAAGAGCGUCUUUUAAUGGCAUAGGCGACAUCAGCCUAAACUUGUCCAGAUGGUUCCACUACUUGGGUAUCGGAAAGAAUUGUGGUGCACCCCUCUUUCACAUGUUCGUCUUCAUCUGUCAGAUCAGACGAUCAGUCCUUGACAAAGGUUUGGACAAGGAUGAGGACGUGUGUUUGGUUAUCUAUAGAGGGUAG